AUGAUAAAAAUUGCAAAAACACGCUGGAUGCUGUCUGCUUUGACAGUUAUUGGUGCACAUUCUGAACCUUCACCCGGUUGGAUUGACAAGAGCUGUAUCUACGGCCCUGUUGGUAUUGUACUAGAAAUAAUGCUUGGAGCAAGCCACGUUAUCUUAGUUGCACCUGUAACAGUGAACAUUGCACCGGCAGAUUUCGUCACCAACGCUCUUAUAGUAUCUGCAUUAGAGACAAAGAUAAAUUACGAUAAUGGAGACAAAGACAUUAAAAUAUACACACUCUGUAGCCAGGACUUGUUCAAACCUGCUCAAGCGAAUAAAUUAUUACGCAGUGAAAGUGGCAAGGUUCUUCAAACUCCUAAAUGUAUCUGGUAUUCGUGCGCCUAUGAGGUUAGCAACAAACAUAUCUUCUGGCUGUUGACUUGGUUAUUACACUACAUACCGGCCUACAUUGUGGAUGCUUUGUACUUUUUGUUGGGGUUAAAAGACCAACAGGAAUACCAUCGUAAGAUUCCGCUUUAUUUAGAAUAUCUAUAUAAAAAAAUAUACAAUUCAUCGCUAAUAUUGUCGUGUUUUUCCUUAAACGAAUGGCGCUGGAGAGACGAUAACACAGUUGAAAUGUUCAGAAAAAUGUCUGCAACGGAUAAAGCAUUGUUCAACUUUGAUUUGAGAUCAUUGAAUAUCACUAAUUUAACGUUCAUAAGCACCCUCGGCGUACGCAAACACAUCAUCAAGGACGGGCUGAAGAACACCGCCACCGGAGUAAGGGAAGCAAUUCUGGUUCAAAAUUGCCAGUUUCAUUAUUCUGCCAAUUUACUCCUAUCUCAUAAUAUGUAUUAUUCUUUGGGUAUAUAAAAUUACUUUUUUAUUUUUUUUAUAUACCUAUGAGGUGAUUAUUGGUAAAGUAUAUUCAUUAUGAUGUCGGGCUGUAUAAUGCCCUGCCGCGCGCUAACAAAGCCCGCGCACUGUCAUCAGCCAUGUUGCGUGAGCGCAUCCGCGAGGCCACUAACAACGGGUACACAGCUGUCAUCCAUUUUUCUAACUUUGUAUACACCAAAAGUUUCUCCUUUAUGAUAAUAAUAUAAAGCCAACAAAAUUGUUUGUUUAAAUUCACCUCCACAUCACCAAUGAUGUUUUAUUUAAACUGCUCAUUUGGUUUAGGAGACUCCAAUAAAACCAUCUGCACUUGUU